GGCUCGAUCGCAGCUGCUCUUAAACCUAUCCUCACCCUGAGCGUGCCCGUCGUGCCCUGCCAUUGCUACUCUCUAGCUCGAACCCGGCCCUUAGAAGAAGCACCUGCUCUCGUCCUGGCAGACAUGGACGGCCAGAAGAUCCCAGCUUCUGUCAGGCUGGCCUGCGGAUGGGCACUCCUCAGCGCCGGCGCCAUGGCCUUGGUCCACUACCACCUCUCCUGCAGCCAGUGCGAUGCGCUGACGGACACCAAGGCCGCCUGCUUCAGCGCCCUCUGGAUCGGGACUCUGUGCUGCGCUGGAUCCCAGGCGACCGCGGCGGCGCUGGCGCUGCUGCUCCCACGCCGCCCCCGCUGGAUCAUCCGUGAACUGGCCAACUUCUCGGUCGCGGUCGCCGGCGCUGGCCACUGCAUGUUCCACGGCGCCAUCUACAUCCUCCACCCAGGAGUCUACUUCACACUGGCCUCGAUCCUGUUCAUGCUGGGCGACAUCAUCUGCGGCAUGACUCUCUACCUGGUAGGUGAGGACCGAGGAGUAGGGCAAGCAGCACGCACCACGCAGCCACGCUUAGUUGAGCUAGCUGCAUGAGAUUAUGUGAUUAUGUGCAUGUAUCAGUUCAUGGGAGAGGUACUGAUGGCAUCGUGGUUCUAGCUAAGGAAGAAUAAACCUAUAGUAUGCACGCAGUAUGCCUGCGAGGACCGAUUGAUGGUGUGCCGUAUGUAUGUGUGAAUCUACUACUGUCCGGGAUUUAUGUUCAUGAACUCAUAUGUUGUUCCUGGUGUUGA